AUGGCUGGAAACAGUCAACAGGUGGAGGCCGCCCUGACCUGCAAGAAUUUAGCAAGCUGGCUUUCUCCAGGAAACCUGAGGGAGCAUUCUGUGGAAAUAUAUAUCCCUCGCUUCAAGUUAGAAGCCUGCUACGAUCUCAACCUGAUGCUGCAAGGCUUGGGCCUCAUUGAUGUAUUUAGUGAAGCAAAAGCAGACCUCUUGGGAAUGUCGCCUUCCCACCAGCUCUUCUUGUCCACGGUUGUACACAAAGCCCAUGUAGACAUCAAUGAAGUAGGGACGGAAGCGGCAGCCGCAACAGGUGUCGCGGUCUCUAACAGGAGCUUAGAACACCACGAGUUAUUUGUGGCUGAUCAUCCCUUCCUCUUCUGCAUUCUGCACAAUCCUACAGGGACGGUGCUUUUCCUUGGGAAACUUUGCUGUCCUUGA